AAGCGAUACCAUUGCGAUUUAUUGAACGAGACAUAUCAUUUUGUGCUGUUCUGAAUUCUUAAUUUUUCCAGUGAGGUUUUAAACACAAAGUGAUUUUUAAAAUUUAAAUCGUUUUCGAAUUGUGCGUUAUUACGUAUACGUUUAGAUUCUUAUUUACUUAAUACAAUAUCUAUUCGUAUUAAUUGUACGCGAAUAAAAUCGAUAAUUAUUGGCGACGAAAUGGUUGGAAAGACAGCUAUCGGUAUUGACCUGGGUACCACUUAUUCUUGCGUGGGUAUCUGGCAACACGGUAAAGUAGAGGUCAUCGCCAACGAUCAAGGUAACAGAACCACCCCGAGUUAUGUGGCAUUCACGGACACUGAACGGUUGAUCGGUGACGGGGCCAAGAACCAGGUGGCAAUGAAUCCCGUGAAUACGGUGUUCGACGCCAAACGCUUGAUCGGGCGUCGUUUCGAUGACGAGAAGACGCAAGCGGACAUUAAACAUUGGCCGUUCAAAGUGGUGAACGACUGCGGUAAGCCUAAAAUUCAAGUUGAAUUCAAAGGUGAACGGAAAGUGUUCGCACCGGAAGAAAUUAGUUCGAUGGUGCUGAUGAAAAUGAAAGAGACAGCGGAAGCGUACUUGGGCCGGGACGUGACGGACGCCGUGAUCACGGUACCGGCGUACUUCAACGAUUCGCAGAGACAGGCGACCAAAGACGCGGGCGUCAUAGCCGGCCUGAACGUUAUGCGAAUAAUCAACGAACCGACAGCUGCAGCUUUGGCGUAUGGUCUAGACAAAAACUUAAAAGGAGAGAGGAACGUGUUGAUAUUCGAUCUGGGUGGUGGCACGUUCGACGUGUCCGUUUUGCAGAUCGACGAGGGUUCGAUAUUCGAAGUGAAGUCAACGGCGGGCGACACGCACUUGGGUGGCGAAGACUUCGACAACCGGCUGGUGUGUCACUUGGCCGAAGAGUUCAAGAGGAAAUUUAAAAAGGACGUACAUAGCAACCCGAGAGCGUUGAGACGGUUGAGGACGGCCGCCGAAAGAGCUAAGAGAACUCUGUCGUCUAGCUCGGAGGCCACCAUAGAGAUAGACGCUCUAAUGGAAGGUAUCGAUUUCUACACGCGAGUUUCGCGAGCCCGUUUCGAGGAGUUGUGCGCAGAUCUGUUUAGAUCUACUCUGCAGCCGGUGGAGAAGGCGUUAGCGGAUGCCAAGUUGGAUAAGGGAGAUAUACACGACGUGGUGCUCGUAGGCGGUUCGACGAGGAUCCCAAAGAUUCAGAGUUUGCUGCAAAACUUUUUCUGCGGCAAAUCGCUCAACCUGUCAAUCAAUCCCGACGAAGCGGUAGCCUACGGCGCCGCAGUGCAGGCGGCAAUUCUCAGCGGCGACACGAGUUCUGCCAUUCAAGACGUGUUGCUUGUGGACGUUACUCCCCUGUCGCUGGGAAUCGAGACUGCGGGCGGUGUGAUGACCAAAAUCGUCGAGCGCAAUUCCACUAUUCCGUGCAAACAAACCCAAACGUUCACUACAUACGCAGAUAACCAACCGGCCGUCACCAUCCAGGUGUUCGAAGGAGAAAGGGCCAUGACUAAGGACAAUAAUCUGUUAGGAACGUUUGACCUGACCGGCAUACCACCGGCUCCUAGGGGUGUACCCAAGAUCGAAGUCACUUUUGAUAUGGACGCAAACGGUAUUUUGAACGUUUCAGCCAAGGAGAACAGCUCUGGGCGCUCUAAGAACAUCGUCAUCAAGAAUGACAAGGGUCGUCUGUCUCAAGCCGAAAUCGAUCGUAUGCUCAGUGAGGCCGAGCGGUACAAAGAAGAGGACGAACAACAAAAAGCCAAGAUCGCGGCAAAAAAUCAGUUGGAAAGCUAUGUGUUUGGCGUUAAACAAGCGUUGGACGAGGCCGGUGACAAGUUGACUGAAUCCGAGAAGAACACCGGAAAACAGGAAUGCGACGCGGUGGUUCAGUGGCUGGACAACAAUCAAUUGGCAGACAAAGAAGAAUAUGAGUACAAAUUAAAGGAAAUCCAAAAGAGCUGCUCAGCUUUAAUGAUGAAGAUACACGGUGCAGGACAACCAGGUGGUGCGCCUUCCGGCGCUCAGGGUUUCCCUGGUUCUAGAGGACCUACCGUCGAAGAAGUAGAUUAAUUAUUUUAAUAAUUCCAUCUCUAUGUAAAUACUAUUGUUAACUACAUCCUAUGUAUUUAAUUUUUGUAGUGUAAUAUACCUACUAGAUUUAAUCUAUGACUGAUUUUUCUAUUAUAAUAUUUA